GUGGACUGUAGGACCUACACUUCCAAGAGUGCCCCAGCCGGAUGGCUUCCCGUGCCCUGGAUUCCCCGGGCAGUUAUCCGAGGCUGGUUCUCCUCUGCGCCUUCCACCAAGGCUCCAGCUCGGCGGGCGGUGAAUAGAAGAGAGGGCUCUGAGGCGCAGGUCUGCCCUUUGGUCACUCCCAUUCUGCCCCUCCUCUGGAGAAAGCAUGGCGACACCCAGACGGCGGUGGGGCUGCAACGAUGUGCUCUAGGCUCGGCUAAGAGAGGUCUUGGAUGGUUUAUUCAGCUUCAGCACCACGGAAACGGCGAGAUGGAGGAUAAACCUGAGUCACCCUUGCAGCCUCGGAUCCAGUUCCCAGGAAAGGUCCUGUUCCUGACCAUCUGUGCAGCUGGCAUUGGCGGAACUUUCCAGUUUGGUUACAACCUCUCCAUCAUCAAUGCCCCAACUUUGUACAUUCAGGAAUUCACCAAUGAAACAUGGCAGGCACGUACUGGCAGGGCAUUGCCCGACCACCUGGUUUUGCUUGUGUGGUCCCUCAUCGUGUCUCUGUACCCUCUGGGAGGCCUCUUUGGAGCACUGCUUGCAGGACCCAUGGCCAUCACACUGGGAAGGAAGAAGUCCCUCAUAGUGAAUAAUAUCUUUGUACUGGUUGCCGCUGUCUUGUUUGGCUUCAGCUGCAAGGCGAGCUCCUUUGAGAUGAUCAUGCUGGGAAGACUGCUCAUGGGAGUCAAUGCAGGUGUGAGCAUGAACAUCCAGCCUAUGUACCUAGGAGAGAGUGCCCCCAAGGAGCUCCGGGGAGCUGUGGCCAUGACCUCGGCUAUCUUCACAGCCCUUGGGAUUGUGAUGGGACAGGUAGUUGGACUCAGGGAGCUCCUGGGUGGCCCACAGGCCUGGCCUCUGCUACUGGCCAGCUGCCUGGUGCCUGGAGUGCUCCAGCUUGUCUCUCUACCCCUGCUUCCCGAGAGCCCACGCUACCUCCUCAUUGACAAUGGAGAUACCAAGGCCUGCCUGGCAGCCCUGCAGCACUUUCGAGGUACCAGGGACGUGACUAGUGAGAUGGAAGAGAUAGAAAAGGAGCAAGCUUCCUGCCAAGGCCGUCGGGCACGGCGCCUGUGGGAGUUGUUCCAGGAUCGUACCCUACGGAGGCAGGUGAUCAGCCUUGUGGUGCUGAGCAGUGCCAUGGAGCUCUGUGGGAAUGACUCAGUGUAUGCCUAUGCCUCCUCUGUAUUCCAAGAGGCCGGAAUACCCACUGAGAAGGUCCAGUAUGCCAUCAUCGGGACUGGGAGCUGCGAGCUCUUCACAGCUUUUAUUAGUUGUGUGGUGAUUGAAAGGGUGGGCCGGCGGGUGCUGCUGAUUGUGGGGUACUCCCUGAUGACCUGCUGGGGAACCAUCUUCACAGUGGCCCUGAGCCUGCAGAGCUCCUUCCCUGGGAUGCCCUACCUGGCCAUGUCCUGCAUCUUUGCCUUCAUCCUCAGCUUUGGCAUCGGCCCUGCUGGAGUGACAGGGAUCCUGGCUACAGAGCUGUUUGACCAGACAGCCCGACCUGCUGCCUACAUGGUCUGCGGGAUACUCUUGUGGACUAUACUCUUCCUGGUUGGGCUCUCGUUCCCCUUCCUUGUGAAGGCCUUGUCCCACUUCCUCUACGUCCCUUUCCUCUUUGUCUGUGUCUGUGGGGCCAUCUACGCUGGCUUGUUCCUCCCUGAGACCAAAGGCAAGACCUUCCUGGAUAUCACUGAGGAAUUGCACAGACUCAACUUGACCAAGAGGACCAGAGUCCCCACAUGGAGUGAUCCAGAGGUUAUCCAGUCCACUGAGCUCUAGCUGCAAAGGUGUGGCCGGGCCAAAGCUGGCUGUCGCCCUUAGCGCCCUGCAUUCACUCACUCCUACAUUUUAGUGAGCAAGUCUGCAUGGCCAGUGUGCAGUAAUCAAUCAAUGACAAGACAAGAAAUGGAUCCCUUUGUGCUCACUGCCUCUAAAGACCGUCAACUGGCAGGAAGCCAGUAAAAGCAUAAUUACAAACUUAGGAAAACCAGCCAGAGAGAAACAGCUUAUGUUGGAUGUGUGUACCCAGGGAGAUGGUCAGAAAAGAAUUUUAGGAGGAACUGAUCAAUCAACUUUAUUGGCUUGUAACUUACAUAUAUAAUCAAAUAUAUCCAUUUUAAGUAUGCAUUUGAUGAGUUUUGACAGAUGGAUACACUCAUGAAAACCUACCAUAGUCAAGCUGGACCAUUCAUAUCACCCUCAAAACAUCAUCAUGUCCCUUGGCUCUCAACCCACCUCACCCUAGGCUAGGCAACCACUGUUCUGCUUUUUGUCAGUAUCUGAUAUGUCCGUUUUAGAAUUCAGUAUAACUCCAUAUUCUGUGGUACAUAUGUGUCUGGCUUCACUUCAGAUAAAAUUUUUGAGAUCUAGCCAGGAGUGAUGGUGCACGCCUUUAAUCCCAGCUCUUGGGAGGCAAAGGCUGGCAGAUCUCUGUGAGUUCAAGGCCAGUCUGGACUACAUAAUGAGUUCUAGGCCAACUGGGGCUACAGGGAGACCCUGUCUUGAAAAAGACAAAAAAAAAAAACCAAAAUUUUUGAGAUCUAUGAGCACAUACAUAUUAACAAGUGUAUUCCUUUGUGAACAAUUAUCCACAUAUGGAUAUGCCAGGUUUUCUUAGCCCAGUACCUGUGGGUGGACAUUUGGGUGGUUUCUAUUUCUUAAUCAUCAUGAAUAAAACUGCUGUCAACACUCCUACACAAACUUGUAUAGACAUGUUUGAUUCCUUGUGUGUCUGAAUCCGUUUGGGCUCCUGUAACACAAUACCAUAGACUGGGUGGCUAGUAAUCAA